GAAGUACACUGAUGCUUAUGGGUAGUUUGCUGUGGAAAUAGGCAGAGUGCGGCUGAACAGGCAAUUCAUGCAGUGUUUUCACAGCAUCAACAGCAUUACGCAUUUACAAAAGCAACCAAAAGACUAAUCAUGGCUGUAACUAGAGCACAGUCGGCGAAUAUACUUCAACAGAAUGUCAAGAUAGCAAUAAACAAAGAAAAUCCAGACCUGAAAGCCUUGACGACGAAAACAAAUGGGCUUGGUCUGGCCACUCGUCCAGUGUCGCAUGCUGGUCAAAGAUCUGCUCUCGGGGACAUUCGUAACAAAGUGUCUGCUAUAUCAAUAGACCAAAGUAAAAAACAGGCUGCCAUAAAAAAAGAAAUAGUUCAAUUGUCAAAUAAACUUCAAUCGCAACAAUCCUUGGUGCUAAACAAAACAAAAGCCACAUCUUCCCUCAAAUCAUUGAUAGAGACGCAAACAGACUACGCCAAUCAUGUUCAUCUGGAUGCAGAGGAACCUGUUCACAAGCCAGAACCAAAAAUUCCUGAUGUGUUACGGUCAAUGCCCUCACAGCCAUCUACAGUGUCCUUAAUUCCACCUACGAUACCAGAAUGUAUGGACAUCAGCGAUGACAAACCAGAGGCAUUCUCUAAAGCGCUUCUCAAGGUGCAAGACAUAGAUGCAAAUGACAAAGAAAACCCACAGUUAGUCAGCGAAUAUGUGAAUGACAUCUACGACUACAUGAGGCAUUUAGAGGAGAAGUACACAGUACAACCAAACUACUUGGAAGGACAGGAGGUGUCCGGUAAGAUGAGAGCCAUCCUCAUUGACUGGCUGUGUCAGGUCCACCACCGGUUCCAUCUACUACAGGAGACCCUCUACCUCACAGUGGCCAUUAUCGACAGAUUCCUACAGUUAUGUCCUGUACCCAGAAAUAAGCUUCAGUUAGUGGGAGUGACGUGUAUGUUAAUAGCAUCAAAAUACGAGGAAAUGUAUGCGCCAGAAUUGGCCGACUUUGUGUACAUCACAGACAAUGCUUAUCAAAAGAAAGACAUUCGUGACAUGGAAGCCAAAAUUCUCCGGGCAUUAGAUUUCAACAUGGGAAAGCCUCUGUGUUUACAUUUUCUACGACGAGAUUCCAAAGCUGGACAGGUGGAUGCCAUGAAGCACACACUCGCCAAAUACCUGAUGGAGUUGACCAUCGUAGAAUAUGACAUGGUGCAUUAUAACCCGUCUGAAAUCGCUGCUGGUGCUCUCUGUCUUUCUAUGUUGCUCCUCGAUGGCAGCAAAUGGACGGACACAUUAAGUCACUACAGUUCCUAUUCAGAAAAAACUCUGAUGCCCAUGGUCCACAAGUUAUCAACUCUAGUCAUCAAAGCUGAAAAAAGCAAGCUCACGGCGGUAAGAACAAAAUAUGCAAGUUCAAAGUUCAACAAAAUCAGCACCAUCUCGGAGCUACAAUCUCAAACAUUAAUAGACUUGGCAGCCGCUGCAGAGCCAGCAUCCUGAGGCUACGUACUGAAAUCAUUUCCCCUUAUGAGCAUUUCCUGUGAUGAACUUUGGUAUGGUGUCGUUGACACUUGUGAGCCGAGAGUUGACCCGAGUGAACAUUUCCGAUGCCAAGCCGAACACUCUAAAACUUAAGGAUACAUGAGGAAGUCUGUGUUUGAUUGGUUGAUGCACAUGGAUGGAGUUAUGACGUGUUUUUCACCAGUAUUGGCUAUGGCCGAAAUUGCAUGCAAGAAUUCCCCGAAAGGGAGGCGAUGUCCAAUUGUUGAUGUGUGUAAAUGUUAAUGUAUGAAUGUGUCUGCAUGUAUGAACUGCUGUUAGCGAUGAAUGGUGCGUGAAUGAAUUUUAAGAUAUAUCACAAAUAUUUUUUUACAGCGAGUGUGUAGGGAGAAUUGUCUGGAGGAGGAACAAGUUGACUGAUCAUGACACAAAAAUCCUUGAAAAAAUUAUUUCUAAAAAUUCCUUCACAAAAAAUGCGAAGUAUUUGCAGAUUGUGUAGAAUUUGACAGACAUAAAUUUUCCAAAGAUGAAAUGUAAUUCUUAUACAAAGGAACAGUAAAUUUUAGAACGUGUAUGCAAGUUUAUCUGGCUUUCUGCCAUUUCUGUCUCAUAAGGAAGUGUUCCUUUUUUACAUUAAUAAUGAUCUCCGAUGUAUUGGUCAAAGUAAUCAGUUUGUCCCAAAUGCAUUUUUUUAAAGAUUUUACAAAUUUCUGAAUUUGUGUACAACACCUUUUUAUGUUUGAAAAUUUUACAUUUUGUUUUCAAAUAUUGUUAAAUUCGGUUCUCGAAACCAUGCUUACAAUGACUAGUGCAAAACUUAAAUAUGCAGGAAAAAAGCCAGAUGAACUUGUAUAAUCUACUUGUCAACGUAUAAAUGAAUUAACAAGAAUGAUACAUUCAAGCAGAAAAUUAAUAUAAUAAUCUAGAACGUCGAGGAGAAAAAUCUUAAUUAUAAAUAGUUAUCUUGAUUGAUAUAUAUAGAAAAAAAAUCAUGGACGUAAAAUUUCUUGUAUAUGAGAAAAGUUUUUGGAUAAUAUAUAUUUUUGAUUAUUUAUCAGGCAUUUUACAUGGACACCAAAAGUAUGCUUAAAUGUUAAUCAUGAUAUGAUUUCUUUAAAUUGAAUUGUGGAAUUUUGGUGGCGGAGUAUUCAUUUUCCAGAUUUGGGGAGGGGGACAUUAUUGUUUGAGUAAAUCAGGGUAUUCCGUGUCUAUUUAGGAACGUAACUUAGAGGAGCCGGUCAACACUCAUUCAGCAUUGGUUGUACUGGCAGCCCCAAUUUAGUCUUUCAUGAUAUUAUGUACAUUCGCCAUUAAUUUAUUUAUCAUGCGGUCAUUAAUUAGGAGUCUUUAGGUAGUUGGAUUGUCCUGACCCCAAACAUCUGACAACACUCAAAUUGUUUAGCUUAGCAUACAGUGAAAUGUGAAGAAGAAAAAUAGAUAAAUUUUAUUGCAUUUUGCAGUAUAAAUAAAUGAGAAUUAGUACUCCAGUUUUACAAACAAAUUUUCAAUUACCUUAUCGCACAAAAAACUAAUUCUUUCUUUGGCACAAUUUUUUUUUUUUUCUUUCUUUUUUAUGAGUUUCCAUAAUUUUCGGAAGUCAUAUUUAUAUAUAUACUUUAGAAUUGUGUUGAUAAAGUCCAUAUAAAAGUGAAGUGAAAAAAAGCUAAUGUCUAGUAUCUGUUGUUUGGGGUUACAAGAUAAUCCGGCUGUUAGAUAUUGAUUUGAUAGUACAAUUUGUUGGUCUGUCUUAGUUUUUAAAGUAGCAUGCAUAUCCAAACAUUAUUACCAUUGUAUAUACAUGUAUAUUUAAUUUGAAAUAAAAAUAUAAAAUAAAA